GCCUGCUCCGCCUCACUGUGUACACAUUUGACUCCCCGCCAAGUCAGCCACGUCUUUAUAUAAUCGCCUCACUGCAACGACUAUGGGGCGUGCCCGAACCCUUCUGUCCCCGUCAUGAGCAACGCCAGCUUCGAUUACGCUGCGUGGACAUCCGCCUCUUUUUCGUCGGCCUCUUCGUCGGCCACUGCAUCAAGUUCCAUGCAUCCUGCAUCGCUUGUGAACCCGGCUUCUCACUCUUCCGCAAUGAUACAGCUUAUCGACAUGGAUAUCUCGCAGUCCUUCAUCGAAUACCUCGCCGAAUGCAUCUCAGAAACGGUCCAAUACGCACUCACUCGCGAUGCACCACGUGGCCGCAACCAUGCGCGCACGCUCCACGCGCGCAAGUUCACAGCCUUCGUCGAGAUGGUCCUCCGCCGAGCGGAAGUCCAGCCCGCCGCCGCGCUCGUCGCCUUGGUCUACGUCGUGCGCGCACGUCCGCAUCUCAGCAUUGCACUCGAAGAAUGGGCCCUGGAGCGCGUGUUCCUUGGCGCGCUGAUUGUCGCGAGCAAGUACACGCAGGACAGCACGCUGAAAAACGUCCACUGGGGCCUCGUGAGCGGGGUGUUUGGCCCGCGGGACAUCGGGCGCAUCGAGCGAGAGUUCCUGGAGGUGUUAGACUGGCAGCUUGGCGUGCGGGAGGACGAGAUCCUCGCGCACUGGGACGGGAUCAUGGGUGUGGGGGGUGCCCGGCUGCGGCAACUUGGUUCAGAGGAGGGCCGGCGGCAUGUGCGCGUAACCCAAUUCUUGCAUCCGCAUUUGCGCGCGCCUCGGGAUCCCCUCCCGCUGCAGAUGCCUGAUCUUGCGGCGAGCCCGACGAGCACUUGCGUCAGCUUGUCACCGCGCACACCGCUGCAUUCCGGGACCGGAGCGCAUGCCCGUUCGUUGCCCCAUUCGCCAUCAGCGUCCAAGCCUGAGAACGCGAUGGACGUCGACUCCCCUCCCCUCCCUUUGAAACUGAGGCGUUUCUUCCCGACUACAGCCCAACCCCGACCUAUCAUGGUCUCAUAACACCAUCCUUGGCUCCACUACAUGCCUCCGUGGGCUUGGUCCUUCCCUCCCGUAUCCUAUCUUACAUUAUGCAUGCCUCUACGUCUCACCUUCUGACUCCGGACAUCAAUCUAUUUACCCGUACUGUCUCGAUAAUUCUUACAACGCGAAACCUGUCACCAUUCGAUAUGGAUAACACACUCCUAUGGCACACACGGUCCUCUCGCGCCGGUGUCGUAGCCAUUUCAUCCCGCAUCGAAGACAGCGAAGUUCCACAAAUUCCGCGCCCAUCUUUCCGCCGCUGUUCCCUCCUGCCGAACGACGGACAGCGCGAAGAUAGUACGGAAAGUGUGUGGUGCGACUUGCACUGAAGAUCCUCGGUGAAUGAUUCUGCUGGGCGAUAGGUCCGGGUCGGGUGUCGCAUGUUGAUGCUGAUGAAGCUGUAGAAAGAGCUUUGGAAAUGCACAAGUCGUUCGCUAGAUGGUCGAUGACAGCAUCAGAUGGCAAAGUCAAGAUAGCGAUUGUGAAUUUCUUUCAAAAGGUGGCCAUUGCACCAAAUUAUUUCUAAUUGUGACAGCAUAGUGACUUGGAAUCACAGAGCAGAUCCCUUAUAGGCUUUGAGCACAACAGACAGCCCGCCCGACGACACCUGCCCACCCUUCCCAUCCGAGACAAACGAUUCCGGUCGCGAGAGCUGCGCAGCGAUCACCGGGCGGACGGGCUGCGCAUCCGGCAGGAAUUCGGAAGCGCGGAGCAGACUGAACAGGAUCGCCUUUUGUCUGCACCGACGGGUUCAAUCGAGCGCGCGGGGAGGGGGACUCGACGUACUCGGACACCGAGAAUUGGAAGCCGAUGCAGCUAUGGGCGCCCGCGACGAAGGUCAGCUGGUUUCCCCAUACGCCGGGCACGGCAUGUACCGCCUCGGGCAAGUUGCCCCACCGCUCGGGUCUGGAAAAGGAAACAGCGGAAAAGAUCAAACCGCGAUCUAAUAGCGCAAGAGGGAAACGACGCACUUGAACUCGAGAGCAUCGUCGCCCCAAGUCUGCGUGUCGGUGUUGACGCCCAGAAUCGGGAUUGUGAUCAUCUGUCCUUUCGGGAUGCUGUCAUCCGUGAGUCGCGCGACACAGUUCCACAGAGCGGAAUGAGGUGAACGCACGGAAGGUUCUCGUGAGACACGCCCCACCGGUCCACGUACGGCUUGCUGAGCGGCAGCACGUCGUCUUGCAGCGCGGUGCGCUGAACGAAGGGCACGGGGGCAUACAGCCGCAUCGUCUCCUUCAACACGGAGUCGAAAUAGGGCAGCCCGUUCAGCUCGUCCAUGCUCGGUGUGUCCGUGUGAAUGGAAAGGAGCUCCUGACGAAGCUUGUCUUGAAUGUCGGGAUGGUGCCCCAACGCAUGCAGGGCCCAGCCCAGCGCGACGCUGCUGGUAUCGUGGCCGGCGAGGAGGAACGUCGGAAUCUCUGGAAUUUCAAUCGUGAGCAAAAAUCAGUCGAAUUCGGCUCGAUGGGCGAACGUACGGGAUAUGACCUCAUCGUCGCUUAAACGUUGGCUGUCCUGGAUGUCCGCGGACAUGUUCGCCUUGACGAGGAUGGAGAGGAGAUCCCGCCCCGACCCCAGGUCUUUCUCCCCGAGCACCCGGGCCUCGGCUUUGGCCUUGUCGAGCAGCUCCGCCCCCAUGGCACGCAGUACUUUUUAUCCCGGACUGCGUAUUGCGCCAGCCGGGCAGCGGCUGUCAGAAUGAGCGUCAGCGACGACUCCUGUCCGCCGCUGGACACACCCACCAGAUACUGGAGAGCGG